CCGCGUGUUAAAACAUAUUCUACUAUGUAUACUUAAUAACUACCUAUAUGUAUCUGUUUAGCGAAUACAAAAUAUGUAGAUUCAUAUUCAAAUACACGAAAAUGUUAGCAGCGCGGCAUACCACUCGUAUCAACAAGAAAAGAUAAGUCGACUUAUCCACAAAAAACUCAAUCCUGGACAAUACAUAAUGGAGGUUGAUGGAACUGCCUGUCCAAAUGCAAACAAUUGUCUUGGAAUGUAUACAUGGAUAUAAGGUGGUUAUGUUUGGUGUGCAUAAUAAUGUUAUCUAGCUGCAAUUUACAGAGUUUCGAACAAGAAGAAGAUAAUCUAAUAGACUCCAUGCACAACUAUACAAAUUUGAAAAUAUUUUUAUGGUCCGGUUCAGGAGAUGGUUCGAAUGAACCAACACAAACAACCACCACUAAAAAAAUGCCAUCUUAUUCAGAAAAUCCCGAGGACUGUAUAGGCGGGCAAGAUUGUAACAUUCAACCUACGACGUCUAUUACGCCACAUCUCGGGGUUAUUGACAUUCCACAAACUGCCGAAAUACCAAACAAAGAAUAUUGGAUAGUAACAGAGUUAAAUUUCGACUCGCCAGCAGAUGUUCAUAUUUCCAUACCAGUCAUAAAAGAAAAAUUGGCCAUCCUCUACACGAUUGCUUUUACUAGACAACAGGCUCGGCAUCUCGGACUAAAUUCGAAUUGGACCGAGGAUGAAGUAAGCUCAGAUCGGAAUCGAAGAUGGGAUACAAACGAAAAACCGAUUAAAGUCAAAGUAGACGUUCUAUCCGUACUGAACAAAUUGGAUUUGGUUUAUUUCGUCAGCGUAAACGACCAUCCUGUGUCUGCUGCAACAGCAGUACGUGACAUGAGCCUUGUCACGACACGGGAAGUUGCAGAUCAUUUGGGAUACGCUGUAAAAAUAAAAGCCCGCCCUUACCUAGAUGGAUUACAUUUUCAAAGAGUUCGUGGUGUAAGUUAUGGCGAGAUUUGGAUUUUCAUCACCGCCACAUGUAUAGUUAUACUGGUACUCGUUACUGGCGUUGUCGUGGCGCAUAAGAAAAAAAGAAGAAAAAAUAGCAUCAGCUCCGACAGGACUAACAUGGCGUUUUGCGAAGAUCAAACUCCUCACAACGAUGUAAAAACAGAGGCUACGUCUACUGAAGAUAUCGGUGCUCUCCACACGCCUGAACCAAAGCCGAGAAAUAGAAAUAAAAUUUCAAAUUCAUUGCUUUCGAUGCAAGCAGUUAAUAAAUUUCAAAAAGAUUCGAUACCUGGACCGUUAACAGAUGUACUGGAUGGACUUAACGGAAGCGAAAAUAAAAAUGCACGUACAGUGACAAGACACGAGAGUAUUAGUGGUCAAGAUCCUGGAGUGGUUGGACCUAUAGUUUGGGAUUUACACUGUAAACAAAUGAAAAUAAAAAGUAACGAUCAGGAUGACGAUUCGUGUUCGAGCUUUGACGCUUUCAACGCCAUGGACACUAACGUCACAAAAAUGCGACAAAAAUUUCACGAAUUACUUGACGAUGCAUUCACUUUGUUCGGUAGUCGAAACUCAAGUAUGAACAGCGACGAAAGUACCCCGUCAAUAAGUAACCAUGAACAGAGAUCAAAAUCAGCUCCGUUUAGGUGUUCCGCCACUUCCAGCGGCCGUCCGACCGGCCGGCCAAAGACGUCGGCGGACUCGAAUGGCCGGGCCGCGGAAGACGACCAACUCGCGGCACCGGCGGCGGCCAGCCCUUGCUGGGCGCUGUCGCCGGGCGAGGCGUGGGCCGGUUCGGACCAGUCGGUGUUCGUGCCGCGGCCGUUGAGCGCGGGCCCGUUCCACCGGCCGGCCGUGCGCGCCGAGUUCAUCAGCUCGGACGCCAACCUGUCCCCCCAGGACCCCGCCGUGCCGCUCAUCGAGGCCAUACGAAAGGAACUGGACAGAUUCCCUUCGCCGCACGCCGACUCGUCCCGGUGACUCAUAUUAUACACGCGCGUACGCGCUGCAGUGUUAUACUGUGCCCAUACAUUAUUAUUAUUAUACAUUAUCAUCAUCGAUCGUCGGGCGCGCGCGCGUACCUACUACAUAAUACUAUUAUGCUUGUUCGAUGUGGAUUAAUCCACCUUGACUGCACCCGUUCGACGAACCCCUCGCGUCGUCGCCGCCGCCACCGCACGCAGAUACGAUGAUUCAUCGCCGCUUGAUGAACGAUAAUAAUUUAUAGUACGAUUAUUAUUAUUAUUAUUAUUAUUAUUACUUAUGAUAUUUAAUAUUAUUAUAAUAUUAUUAUUUAUAUUAUAUUAUAUUAUAUUAUUAUUGAGUAUAUAAAGUGCAAUGUAUUAUAUACUCAAUGAUAUUAUUACUAUACUGGCCUUGAGCCUCCUUCGCCAGUUUUACGCGUGGCACAUCACGUCGUGACGGACAAUAUAAUAUUAUUGUGAAAUUUUUUUCACCCCCCCAUCCGUGGAUGAUAUAAUAUAGGCACCUCAUACGGACGCCUUGUGUAUUCCCUAUUACCGAAUUGGUUCCCGGCUAUAGUUACUUAGGACUUAGGUAAUACAUUAUUUACCGUGAAUUGGUUCCGAAUAACUCUCAUUAUAAUAUAUAGGUUAUAUUAAAACUGUGCUGAAAUUAAAUUUAUCAACUAUAUAGUUCUAGACUAUGGUUACAGUUUGAACACUAAAAAAAAAAAUCAAAGUGGGUUCCUCAUUUGUAAGUUUUAUAUGACCAGAAAUAGGGUAGAUAGAGAAUGAGUUAAACAGGAGAAAUAUUGUAUAUUAGGCACAUACGAAAUGUGUUAUGUAAUAUUAUUAUUAAAUGCUAAUAGAAUUUAGGAUUUAAAAAGAAAAUUUCCCGAGAUCGGUUUAAAACAUAUAUAUAUAGGUACUCACUAAAGUAAUAAUAAUUAUUAUUAUGAUACUACGAACCUGUAAUGUAAGAAAUCCAGUUAUAUGUCAGGACGAUUGUGAGAUCAAAUAUAGAUGAAAAUCUGACCAACUUAGAAGUUUGAAAUUAUUAAUUGUGGGAGUAAAAUGUCCCACGUCAGCAUAAAUCACAAAAUGUUUAGUUUCACGUCCGUCCACCAUAAUCGCGUCUCGUUUUUUUUUUAACAAUUUUUUUAUUCAUUUCCUUAUAUUAUCAUAUUAUAGUUUUGUUUAAUAUUGCCAUACAAUUAUGUAGCUUUCAUUAUUUUUAUUUUAUCAAUACAACAUUGUAGUAUAAUAUGUCAAUAAAAUACUGCAGUGUGUCUACUUAACUUACAUACGUCAUGUGAAAAUGUGUAACAAUUAUAAUAUAAUACAUGUAAUUUAUACUAAUGUCACACAUUCAAUCACAGUGCACAUAUUGUGUUGUCGGAUGGACGAUCUCGGCAUAUCUACUUCCUCCCACUGUCUCAGCUUCUGUGGUUUGGUGUGAGGAGGCCAAUGUCAAAAUGGUCAUUUUCGGAAAACAAACACCGCGGCGUUCUUCUAAUAAUAAUAUCGAUACCCGCCCGCACAUCAAUACAAAUGCGGAUGAGAAUUUUUAAAACGUUAGCUCGAAAAUGACAUUAGCCCUAUUUGCACCGAGCCACGGAUAUAUUGUAUAUAUAUAUAAUGUAUACCUUUUUUUUUUUUUUUUCCCCAUUUUGAACCGACGACGCCGCGGGAACUGCUUUCGCAAUGCUUCCGCGACGCCGCCGUCGUUUAUUUGAAAACAAAUAUAUUAUACAUACGGGGGAGGUAGACGGGACAAUACCCCGACUUACCACCCCUAAACAUGACGUUUAUGGUAAAUUUUAGUUAAUUUUAAGUCUUCGGCGCCUUACUUGUAUUCUAGGGCCGACCGGAGUCCGCCGCCCUGGUCAUCUCCUCGUUCGUCCUAUGCAGACUUCCGGUGUGGUCCACAUCCCUCCCGUGGUGUCAUCGUGGGGGAUGAAGAACGGUGGUCGGUGGCACCUCCGACGCAUCGCUGUUGCGAAGUCAAAUAUGUACGCGAGCCGUUCUUCAUCCUGCGGCUGACGUCAGUCGUGCAGCUGAUCCUCCCGCUCGUCUGCUUCUUUUCUGUUCGUGAUUGAUUCCACCAUAUAGCUGUGAACUCACGUCUGUUCGUCAUGGCCUGUUCUGCGAUCCUUCCCCGGGCUGUCGGUUCUUCCGGUAGUUCGUCGGGCCGAGGGCCGCACAGGAUUUCCUGCACGUCCCCGGGAUCUGGUGGGCGUCGGAGAAUCAUAUAUACAUUAUACCUAUAUAUAUAUACAUUAAAAUAUAAUAUAAUAUGCGCUUGUGCUUAUUUACUAUGAUAUGUUUUACGCGUGAGUCGUCUUCAAAUUCCAGCAAACUCCUCAAAACUCGUCGUGUGGUGCACCCACCCAACAGAUAUUGGACGGACAGAAUGUUACGGGACAAAAAUGUUGUGCGAUACACGCGAAAAAUAUUUGUUUUUAACGUUGUAAAAAAACGCGCGCACACAAAAGGCCAAAACGUCCACGUCUAUGUAAUAUAUAAACUACGAGUCCCUUCAAUAUACCAUAUUAUACUCCCAUACAAUGAUUGUGAUUGUAAUGCAAAUACAUGAUAUUAUGUACGAAGAUAUCACGCCGAGAACGGUAUAAAUGUUAAUGUCGUUGUUUAGCGAAUCGUGAUUCGCGAUAAAAGUAUAAAACUAAAAUGUUAUAUAUUAUUAUAAACACGUACACACAUUAUACGUUUAUGCAUUUACACAUACAUAAUAAUAUGCGUAAUUAUGACAGGCAGAAUUCAUUUAUGGACAAUCGUCGAGUAAUUCGUAUAAUCAAAUAAUGUACGUUGGUUUGUAAUCUAAAUUAUAUUUUUGUCUAAAAAUCUAUGUGUUGUCUCGUGUUGUACGGAUAUUUUAUUUUGAAUAUGAAUAAUAUAAUAGUUUGUAAACGUUUAUAUACCUACCUGUGUUGUACCUAUAUUAUAAUAUAAUUAUUAAUUUGUAAAACAAUUACAAUAUUAUGUGUUCCGUUUUACUAUUUCUGUAAAUAUUAAAUAAACCGCAUUGUACGAUAAUGCUUAUGAAUUUACUGUUGGCCGUUGUAAUAUUAUGACAAUGUAUCUAAAACGGAGCGAUUACAAAAUAAAACAAU